AACUUGUAAAUACAAAUGUUUUGGCAGAAUGUUCUGGCUUAGUUGUUGCUGCAAAUAAACUUGGAGUUAAGAAUGAUAAAAAUAAUAUAUUUAUUCAUUAUCAAAAUCUGCAAGAUAAGCAGUGUCUCAUUUAG